AUGUCUUUGGUAGAAAUCACUCCUGAUGUUUUGGAGUUUAAAUCCCCAUUUACUGUACAAUCUACAGAAUAUGCUUCAAUCACAAAUAACUCAAACGAAACAAUUGCCUUUAAAGUGAAGACUACUGCUCCAAAGUUUUAUUGUGUUAGACCUAAUGCAGCUGUUGUAGCGCCAGGUGAGACUGUUCAGAUCCAAGUUAUUUUGUUGGGUCUAGCUGAAGAGCCAGUAGCAGAUUUUAAGUGUCGUGAUAAGUUUUUAGUUAUAACAUUACCAUCUCCUUAUGAUUUGGGUGACAAAACUGUUGCUGAAGCUUGGCCAGCUUUAGAAGGUGAAUUCAAGCAACAAGCAGUCUCUAAAAAAAUGAAAGUUAAAUAUACAAUCAUUCCUGAUGCUUUGCCACAAGAACAAGAAACAAAACCUGAAUUAAAAGAAGAGCAAUUGCAAGAUGUUGACACUGUUGAAAAGCACAUCCCAGCAGAAGAGCAAAAUGAAGUGGUAAGUACAAGUGAAGCUUCUAAAUUGGUAGAAGAUGCUAUUGUAGAAGAUCAAUUAGAUCAAGCUCCUGUUCCUGUUGAAUCAGAAGCUCCAAUUCAGGACAAAGCUGUACCAGCUUCAGCUGUUGCAGAAGAAUUUUUAAAAGAAGAAUUGAAAACUGAAUCAGCUUCACAAGCUGAACCAAAGAAAAAGAAUGCUACUGAAGCCGAGGGUUCUAUACAUACCAACACAUUGGUUUGGUUUGGUGUCAUUGCGUUGAUUUUAGGUUGGUUAUAUUAUUGA